AUGAGAGUCUUGCAGACUGCUGUUUGUUCUGAUCUACCAAUAUUCUAUGACACUCAAAAACACUAUGAGAUAUGGGACAACCUACCGCCGGAAUUGUUCGAGCAGAUAACCCGGGCCUGGACUGGACAAUACACUGUGCUGUUGUCCUUUGCAGGCUGGUCCAAUGAUUGGACCCGGUUUCAACGUGUAUGGGAUUGGAUCAGACCAUUUUCUCGCUGGGGAUCUCUUGACGUUGAUUAUACUUUUUACAACACCUCCUGCUCGAUAGCGAGGAUGCGACUCCAAACGUUGGGCAACGUCAUUCCGGUCGCAUAUUGCGUUAAAGACCACUUCCGUGUCGUCUUCCGAAGCGGAGAGCGCAUGUUCUACUGUCGAACACCCGAUUGUACUGUUGAUAGAGAAAGCAUCAUGAAUAUUGACUACAAAGACAAAGAUGACAUUGUCUUGGGGAUUUUGCCACUCACAUACAGAGAGUUCAUAUCUGAUCCUCUAUCUAUUAUCCCCCACGUUUCGGACUAUGAUAUACAGCGAAACCUAACGGAUUGGUUCCCUCCCUACAGCCAUAGUACACAAAGCCACAUUGCUGGCACCGUACGUACAAUUCGCAAAUACCAAAAGGAGACAUCUGGGAAGAUUCCGGAUGAUACAAGUAUGGACUCUUGGAUAGAUGAAGAAUGGGACGAAAACUACCGUGCAACCAAUGAACGGCUUCAAAGUAAGAGAAGGAAUAUUCCGGACUUUGUGGAGGGAUCUAAAGGCCAUGUAUACGGUAUACCUUCAGAGACGUUGUAG